GUGGAUCAAUCCUUUCUGACCACAUCUGUCACUCUUUCCUGCUUAAAACUUUCGUCUCUUCCUUCCUUCCUCUUACCCUUUGACCUUCUUGACUCCGCUCCUUUUACUCCAAUUCACUCCGAUUUACAUCGCACGACUCGGUCAGGAGUAACGUCCGAGUAGUAAGCACGGCACAGCACAGCACAGCUCAUCAACAGCCGACACGAAACAUUACCCGUCUUUUGCCACAACGCGUCGCCGACGACAACAUCUGUCUCUUUUCGAGUUGACGACGCAGUCACUCUUCCACUACAUCUACAUCUUCUUGUAAUCACACACACAAAAAACCGCAAAUAUGUCUAAACCAGAAGGCGCACCACCAGCCUACCCCCAAAACCCCCCGCCCAUCCACCACGACGCCGGUCCAGCGCCCGGCGGCAUGCAACCCUCGUACUACAACCAGGGCGGCGGCCAGCCAGAGUACUACGGCGCCAGCCCCAACCCGUACCAACAACAGGGCCAGUAUGGUCCUCCGCAGGGUCAAUAUGGUCCCCCGCAAGGACAGUACGGUCAGCAGAUGCAGUAUCAGCAGGGUCCGCCGCCGCCGGGGGGUUACUAUCAGGAUGAUAGGAGACAAGGUGGCGGUGGUGGUGGGUUGUUUGCGGGUUUGUGCGCGGGGUUGGCGUGUUGUUGUUGUUUGGAUUGUUUGUUCUAAGGGGGUGUUGUGGAGUAGGGGUUGAUAAUUUCUGGGUUGGCCGAGGAGAACGUUGUUCUGGUCGAGAUUCUCAUUCAACGAUAUCGGCAAAGAGCGAGAGGCUAUUGGAACGAACGCGCGCUGUGUAGAUUUGAUAAUCGGGGGUUUCGUUUGUUUUUCCUUUCUCUUCUUUUCCAGGAUGGCAGUAGUAGUAAGGUUCAGAUGGGAAGUUCAGUCAGCGGUCGCGGUGAAAGAGUCGAGAAGCUUUCGAACCUAUUGUAUCUGCAUGCAAGCACAACAACAGACACCACACUUUUUGUAAUGUCCAAUCCAAUAUAACUAAUUAAUCGCAA